GACCCAUCCAAACCCUAAAAAAGAUCUUUCAUCAUCCUCAUCACCCUCAACAAAUCCAACUGAAGAGAAAAAAAACCCUAAUUUUCAUCUGAUAUAUAUAAUGAUCCCAUAACAUUGACAAAUUUCACAAAAUUGUGAAUCUAAAGCAAUGUCUCAAACAGAAGGUCAAUCAACAAACCCUAAUGGAAACGGAAAUGUGAAUAAUCGAAACGGAUCAUCAAACGGUGUCGUUUACCCUAAUUUCGCAUCUCAUAGAUUGAGAUUAAACCCUAGCGUUGAUCACAAAUCGGAUAAUUAUGAAGAUCUUCAAUUGGAUUUCAGUCCAUUGUUGUUUAGUUCACUUGAACGUUAUCUUCCACCUGCUUUUCUUAACUCAUCACGUGACCAGAAAGUGAAGUAUAUGCGUGAAAUUUUGCUUCGUUAUUUUCCUGAAGGCGAAAGGACACGUGUCCAGAAACAUAGAGAAUACAGACAGAAGAUUAUAUCAAACUAUCAGCCUCUACACAGGGAAUUAUAUACGAUGCAUGCUGCAAACUUCUUUGUGCCCUCAUUUCUCAAGGCAAUUAGUGAGAACACAGAGGAAAGUUACAGGAACAUAAUGUCUGAACCCUCUCCUGGAGUUUUAACAUUCGAAAUGCUUCAACCACGAUUUUGUGAGAUGUUGUUGGCUGAGGUAGAAAACUUUGAGAGGUGGGUCCGUGAGACAAAAUUCAGAAUAAUGCGUCCCAAUACGAUGAACAAAUUUGGUGCCGUUCUUGAUGACUUUGGCCUGGAAACCAUGCUGGAGAAGUUGAUGGAAGAUUUCAUUCGUCCCAUUUCAAGAGUUUUCUUUACUGACGUUGGUGGUUCCACACUUGAUUCCCAUCACGGUUUUGUUGUCGAGUAUGGGAUGGAUAGAGACGUUGACUUGGGUUUCCAUGUCGAUGAUUCAGAAGUGACUUUAAAUGUGUGCUUGGGUAAGCAAUUCUCUGGUGGAGAGCUGUUCUUCCGUGGAGUGCGGUGUGAGAAGCAUGUAAAUACUGAAACACAACCAGAGGAGAUCUUCGAUUAUGCCCAUGUUGCGGGGCGUGCAGUGCUACAUCGUGGUCGCCAUCGGCAUGGUGCUAGAGCAACUACAUCAGGGCAGAGGAUCAACUUGCUGUUGUGGUGCAGAAGUUCUGUCUUUAGAGAGCUAAGGAAGUACCAGAAAGACUUCUCCAGCUGGUGUGCAGAAUGCCAGCGCGAGAAGAAGGAAAGGCAGCAGCAGUCUGUUGCUGCUACCAAAUUGGAGCUGCUGAAAAGAGAAGGGGAAACUGCUAUAUAGCUGUUUGUUUUAUAUAUUUUUUGUAUUUUGCCCCAUGUAAUAUAGCUCAACCCUCAUAUUCAAGGCAGAAGCACUUUUUUGUUCGAUAUAAAUAUGAAAGGGUGUUGUUCGUGUUACUGAAAUAGCUGUACAUGUAAAUCGAGUAGGUACCCUCCUAUUUGCCAACUGAGAUGGUAUCAGUAUUAAACUGGCAAUCGUGUAAGCAUUGUUUUGUAGUUGUGUUCGUUAAGGGUGGCAGUUUCUUUCUCAA